AUGUUGAGACGGAGCAUAAGUUACAUCCUCCUGGGCGUUGCUGCUGGAUGUGCAGACGACCACUGCGUAGGCUUCGACCCUGACCUCGCAGAUGGGGAGGCGGAAGUCUUGAAAGUCAGCCUUUUGCAGACCAACGUCAAGACACCCAGCGUGUCAGAUGACGAUCAGGUUCAUUUAUUCCAAGCGGGCGACGUGAACCAGGGCAUUUGGGAUACUUUAGGAGGAAUGUUCCGCAAGGCAGAGAAGAAUGCCGUUGAGAUUCAGAAGAGCGUUCUGGACACGAUUGUGGCGCAGACAGAUGCAGCCCUAGAUGAUGUUGACAAGGUAGUGAACCAAUACGAGGCGGAUGUGGAGGAAGCAGAGAUGAAGUUCGUGAAGAAAACCAAUGCGUCAGUCAUGGAACAGGUCCAACUCAUCAAAAAGAAGGUGGCUUCAGUGAUGGACAAGGGACGCGCCUUUUGGCGGAAUUCCAAGCAACAGGUGGUACGCAUCCAAAACAUCGUGGUGGGCACGCUGUCCACGGUCGGCCAAACCGACACUGCCAUCCAGAUCAAUAGCACGGUGGUCGCGCUGCUGCAAAAGUUGGACUCGGCGUCAGAGGGGACGCUGACGGUGGCCAAGGAUGCGCGAGCGGUCACAGCCGAAACUGCCUCCUGUGCCGUGUUGAAGUUGAACUCGACCUUGGCGCGCGCUAGCCAUGAGGUGGAGUCUUUUACCAAGGACUUUGAGGACGUGUUCAAGGUGACCGAAGCCAAGAUGUCGGAUCUCUCCAAGAAAUUGCCCUCGGAACUUAGCCAACAAGCCUUGGAGGACACGAUCCACAAGGUGCUUCUAGCCUUGCACCGUCUGCAAAAAGUGACCAAGGGAACGACCCCUGGAUCCAUCCAGAGCAUUGUGCUGCAGCUGACGCCGGACGGCUUCGCCUUUUGUCACAAGGGCGGAGUGGACGAAGGGUCUCAGACCUGGAGCCACUUUCAGGCGGACGGAGAGAUAGGAGAGAUAGGGAGAGAUACCAAUUGA